UGUUCUGAAUAUGAUUUUAUGGGCAGAGAGGAGCGUGCGGGGUGAGAGGCGGAGCAAAGGUUAGAUAAAGUAUUGGAAGUUGCGUUGUGUGCACUGAAGAAGAGCACGCUAAAUUUGCUGUUUUUGAUCAUGGAUGAGUUUGUUCGUAACAAGUUGAAUGAGUGGCGUCUCAGCGACUGGAUACAAAAGUUUGAAGAUGAAGGCAUUGAUGAAGAAAGCUUAUACUGCCUUGAGGAAAAAGACAUUGAUAAGUUGAUGCCAACAAUGGGACCAAGGGCAAGAUUUAAGAAAAACCUCCUGUUGUUAAAGAAAGAACUAAACAUGUCAAAUCAGGAAACAGCUGAUUUUCCUGCUCAAGAAGAAGAAGCAGCCAGUUCUGCUCAAGUUUGGCCAUCCACCAGUGACACAAGCAAUACAGGAAAGAGGAAGUCAGAAGUUCUGGACAAGAACAAAUGGCAGUCACCAACUAAACGACAACGUGAAACUAAGUCAGAAUCAUACACAGAAAAGAUCAUACUGGAUGAUGUAAAACACAUCAUGAAAUGUGUUUACAAGAGACUGCCUAAUCAAGACAACAAGCUCAAUAGGUUCUUGAAGACUAAGAUCAGCGAUUUGGAGACAGACAAGAGGGAGAUGGUCGGUGUCUUUGGUAAAACUGGGGCAGGAAAGAGCUCUUUGAUCAAUGCCAUCAUUGGAGAGAAUAAUCUUUUGCCCUCUGGAAGCAUCAGUGCAUGUACCACAGUUGUGAUUAAAGUGGAGGCUAACAUGCAGAGCCAAAAGUAUGAGGGAGAAAUUGAGUUCAUUAAAAAAGAGGAGUGGAAAGACGAGUUGUGGUCCUUGUUUAAUUUCCUUAGAGAUAAUGCAGAACAGGAAAACGAUGAGGAUGAUGACAGUGAUCAUGACACUGUUGAAAAGUUGACAGCUGUGUAUGGAGAAGAAUGGAGAGGGAAAUCCCCUGAAAACCUCAUGGAGAACAAAUACUUCAGAGAAAUUCCAGAAUUUCUCACAUCCAAGAGCAAAAUUUUGACAUGCGAAUCUGCAGAAGAACUUUCUGCAAAGUUCAUAAAAUACACAAGAAGUGACUCAGGAGAGGGCGGAGGUAAAGAAGUAAAGAGGUGGUAUUGGCCACUAGUGAAGUGUGUCACUGUCAGAGUGCCCAAUAACGAUCUUCUACAGCACAUCACGCUUGUAGAUCUUCCUGGAAAUGGGGAUCGUAACAAGAGCAGGGAUGAAAUGUGGAAAGGGGUUGUUGGAAGCUGUUCAACUGUGUGGGUUGUGACUGAAAUUAAUCGAGCAACAGCAGAGAGAGAAGCCUGGGAGAUUCUGGAAAGUGCCUGCAGCAUAAUGGGAAAUGCUGGCGAGUGUCAGUACAUUCACUUUAUCUGCACCAAGUCCGAUAUUACUGGGGAUUUUCAUGAUCGUUCAGCAGCUGAUGUUCGUGCUCUCAUAUUUAAAAGAAACAUGCAAGCCAAGGAGCAAGUGAAAAAUCAAUUCAGAAAACUCCACAAGGUCAAGAAACAUUUCAAUGAUGACUGUUUUGAAGUGUUCACAGUGAGUUCCAAAGAGUUUAAAAAGAAAAAAUGUCUUGAACCAGAGGACACUGAAAUACCCAAACUUCAGAAAUUUCUGCAAAGUCUCAAUGACUGUCACUCACAGACAUUAAACUAUGUCUCUGGGGCUUAUGGGAUUCUCUCUCUGAUUCAAGGGUCCAGAAGAGUGGCUGGCAGAAAUGCAGACAUGCGCAAUGAGCUGGAAAAAACCAUAUGUGAUGAACUAGAUAAAGUCAGAAAACCCAUUGAGGAGGCUUAUGAGGCUUUUGAAAAAUGCCUUAGCGAGGGGGUUGAAAAAUCCCUAAGUUCAUGUGAAAAAGUCUUGAAGUCCACCUUAUAUCCUCCUAGGACAUCAGGUCGUGGCUUCCACGGGAGACUGAAAAGUUUAGUUAAGAACGGUGGCAUUCACAAACCCAAAAAAGGAAAACAAACAAAUCUCAAUGGCAGGUUAGCUUCAGGUCUGACUGACAGCGUCGAUGAGGAUUUCAAGAAGACCUUCCCAAAUGAAAGGAAUUGUGGGCCAUUCAACGGGGUCAUCGAUACAUUUUCACUUGGCACAGAGAGUCUGAUUCAGAAGUACAAAGAUGCUGAACUGCAACUGGUAUUUCUCAAGACAGAGGAAGAAAAAAUUAAGACAAAUUUGAACAACAUCAUCAGAGAGCGUAAGAAGGCAAUCUACAACAGUCUGACAGCGACAGUUGAGGAAGCCAUGCAAGACUGCUAUAGAAAAGCAGAAGCAUUUAGAGGACCAGACACGCUGAGAAACAUGAGGGACACUAUAAUGGGGCAUGUACACCACUCAAAGAACACCAUGUUUCAGCAGGCUAAAGAUAUAAUGUUGAAAAAGCUGAGAGACUUGGAGGUGGAAAUCCUGAUGACGCUAGGGGACACAAUGUUCAAAUCAAUUGAACUUUCACUCAGCACAGGUGGUGACUCAAUCCCAGACUUUGCAGUAGAGCUUGAUGAGGUGAAGAAACACUACAAUAACCUGAAAGGAAACCAAGACGAAGAAACACCACUUUGCAUUGAUCUGACAGCAGAUGAACUACCUGGCCCAUCAGCUUCACCACAUCCAUGAUAUACACAAAGUUCAGAUUUGAUCAGAGGAGUGAACCAGCGGCCUGAUUAUCCACUGAAGGUCCCUGAAGGCUUAACGAUUAGAUGUGUGAAACCUCCGGAUUUGGUCUCCACCAUUUUUAUCAAGUUUUUAUUCCUGUUCUCUUAUUCUCUUUGAAUGCUGUUUUGAAACAUACUUUGUGUUUACCUAUGAAUUACAUUCAGAUAUUUUAUGGGGGUUUUUGCUUUUGUUUUUUGUUAUGUCAUUUUUAUAUUUAAUUGAUUAAGAAAAGAAAAUGUGUGGAAACUUUUUUUUAAGAUUAUCUUUUGGAAUGGAACCUGGGCCACUGCUGAGGACUCAGCCUCCUCGCAUGGGCUGCAUGCUCUACCAAGUGAGCUACUAAAGUGCGCUGGAUAUUUGUUUUUAAUAAUUUUUUACUUUUCUAACUAUUUUUCUACUGUUUUUUGCUGAUUAUAUUCAUGUUUUUACUCCAUGUUUUUAUUGUAUGAGUUUGGUAUUGAUUAACUGAUUGAUUGGGAUGUGUAAAUUGCAAUUUCAGUGAUGUUAUAAACCCUGAACCUUGAUUACAUGCUGUAGGUUGGAUCUGAGACUGAUCUUUUGAAUGACUGUUUCUUUUUCUGCCAUGUUCAAGAUCAGAAUCACUUCUUACUGCAAACUAAUAGUUUCUAUGUGGGGUCAUAUAUGAGAAAUAGAGAGACCUUUUAAUAAAUCAGUGUCUUUUAGUUAUGUACUCUUUUUUGAUUGUUUGUUUGAUCUGUAGUGAUUCUCCAUGCAUAAAUUGAUUAAAGGUACAAGAUAAUUAGACUUCGUCAUUCGUCAUUUAUGUUGUUGUAACAGGACUGAAAACAUCUGAUUGUCCAACCCAGCAUGUAUCCAGAUCUUCUUACUGAAAGUUCCUGUGAUGGAAAUUUUUACUGUGAACCCGAUUUUUGGUUUCAUAAUCAUUAGACAGUGACCAACAUAUUUUAUGUUGUAUAAACACACUGUAACCACAAGUGCUACAGAGGUGCCACAGUCCAAAAAGUCACCAGACUAGCUGUGCAACUGUGAGGGACCUGAGUGGUCUCCCUGAAUAAAGUGUGCUCACCUUCUCA